AUGGGUUGCUGUACCGUCUUUUCGAAGCUCGUCCACUACAUGAUGGACACUAUCAUAUUCCUCAUGGGUGCCGGCAUCCUCGCGGUUUCCAUCUAUCUGCUGGCUUCUAAUUUCGAAGGUUUCGUCGAUGAAUGGUGGGUCUGGCUGACACUUGCUGGUGGUAUUGUUCUCAUCAUCGGUGGCAUCAUGGGGUGCAUUGGCACUAAGUUGGGCCAGAAGUGGCUACUUGCACUAUAUGCUGUAUUACCCGGCAUCAUGCUGGCCAUCAUCGUCGCUGCUGCUAUUGCUGCUUCGGUUUACCUUUCCUAUACCAACGACCUGUCGGACAAGAGCCCUGCUGAACUCAACGUCUUGGACAACGAUUCGAACACUUACGAGGUUUACGAGCACAUUCGACAAGCUUAUGGCGAUCUGUGGACGGAUAAGAAAUGUGACGUUAGUUGUGAAAUAACGAGUUUGGCAACAAUAGAAUGUGGUGAAGUCAGUUGUGAUGACGGCACUAUCGAGGACUGGAUGAACGACUGGAUUGACGAUGGUGCUCCUCGUGUGUCAGCUCCAUCUUUCGAAGCUUGCCGGAUUCUUAGUCUCGGAGCUGAUGGUAUCGGUCUGAGCAUAUCGGCAGCUACUGCCUGGUGUGCUAGUAAUACUGCUGUCAUCGAUGAUGUCAACGACUGGACUCUGGGUGUUAUGAUUGCUCUAUGGGUUGUGGCCGGAGUUCUCUUGCUUUUACUCAUCGCUAACUGUGUGUUGUUGAAGAGGAAAGACAACAGUAAGUCUCGCGAUGUUGUUAUCAUCGCUCCAACCAAUGCUAAUACUCCUGCUGAUUCGAGUGCCUUCCUGGGCACUCCUCAACACGUGAAUGCUGGUAACCCUGCGAUUGCUGUAUGA